AUGGCAACCCAUGGCAAAAGGGUUUGCCAGGAUUGGUAUCAGGGCAUCCUUAGAACAUACCCCGGAAAGGGAGGUGUUGGGAUUCCGAAACGAUGUCGAUGUGGUUGUGACGUAGCUCUUCACACGAAUCAUGAUGGUAGAAGAUUCUUUGAGUGCACUGGGAACACAAUGGAUGGGCAAGCACACGUUAAGACUUGGUGGGAGGAAGCAAUUACGGAACAGUUUGGUGAGCUCUAUGAUGAACUGGACGACAUCAACACACAACUCACUUACAUGGCGAUGGACUGCGGUCUAUUCAAGACACUUGUUGAAGAGGUAGAAGGGCUUAAAGAAAAUGUUACAAAGCGCGAGCAAAAAUCGGGGAGGGAGCGGAAGUUUGCAGUGGUGUGCGGUGUAUUGGUGGUUAUUAUGGGUUUGAUUAUUGUUCUUGUCAAGUAA